AUGGUACUCUCAAAGCUAAUUUUGGCAAAGUGUGGCGGGCUUCCCAAAGUAAUAGCUGCUAUAAAAAAAUAUGUGUCCUAUAGAGUUUGUGAUAUUGACAAGACUAUGCGAAGGUUGCAGUAUCUUGAUACUGACUUUAUGGUCAAGUUGGAGACUGACGAACAAUUCCUUUGUUUAAGGGGUCUCUUUUCUUGGAUGGAGUCAUACUUCGAUGCUUGCUCGGAUUUUCUCAAGCCAUGUAUAUUCUAUCUUUCAGUCUUCCCUCUAGGCCACAACAUUAGGUGGCAGCGUUUGCUGAGGCGGUGGAUUGCAGAGGGUUACUCUAGAUACAGAUCUGGUAGUACCGCGGAGGAGAAUGGGGAAACGCUCUUCUCUGAGCUUGUCAAGUUGAGCAUAAUCCAGCUGCAAUCUCGAGUAAACAAGGUGUGCCAAGUAAAUGGUUUCUUCCUUGAAUACAUCAUCUCACGGAGAAUGGAAGAUAAUCUUGUGUUUGCACUAGAAGAUUGUUGCACCUUGAACUCGCAACUUGCAGGACAACACCUCACCGUAAGGAGCAAUUGGGUUAGAGACAAGAAUUUAUUUGAGAACAUUGACUUCUCACGCUUACGGUCUCUCACGGUGUUUGGAGAGUGGAUGCCAUUCAUCAUCUCUCCCAGUGUCGAUAUGAGACUGAUUCGAGUGCUGGAUCUGGAGGACACAACAGGUGUGACAGAUAGUGACCUUGAGAAGAUUGGGAAGGCCUUUUCUCGGCUUAAAUUUCUAUCCGUACGAGGAUGUAAAGAGAUAAGGCGUGUCCCAAAAUCAUUGGGUGGCUUGAGGCAGCUUCAGACUCUGGAUGUUAGAGGCACCUCCGUGGUUACACUGCCAUCUGUUAUCAUGAAGCUAGAGAAGCUGCAAUACAUUCGUGCCGGUACCAUUGUACCAUCACAUGAAUGGACAUCAGCACAACACGGUAACAUUGAUGGCACAUCAACACAACUAGAAGACAUGACAACAGAGCUGCCAGCAGGCACAGAUGAGCUACAAACGUCAACACUAAAUGAAAGCCAUGAUGGCAUGACCAUAAGCCUGUCAGCAGCCGCAUAUGAGAUCCAAGCAUCAACACCGCUAGAACGCAUGACGGCCGAGCUGCCAGCAGGCACAGAUGAGCUACAAACAUCAACACCAUUUGAAAGCCGUGAUGGCAUGACCAUAAGCCUGCUAGCAGCCGCAGAUGAGAUCCAAGCGUCCACACCGCUAGAAGGCAUGACAGCAGACCUGGUAACAGACAGAGAUCAACAAAUGUCAACACCACUUGAAGGCCGUGAUGGCAUGACCAUAAGCCUGCCAAACGCAGAUGAGAUCCAAGCAUCUACACAGCUGGAAGGCCAUGAUGUCACGACCACAAGUAUGCCAAUAAGAUCACAUGAGGUCCUGACAUCAACGUGCAGCCCGGCGAGUGCUUUUGUAUCCUUAUUGUCCAAGUUCCGUGGUGGGCGCCAAAUUGAUAGCAGUGUUGAGAUUUCUGCAGGGAUUGGAAAGCUAAAGGCCUUACAUACCCUCGGUGUUGUAAAUGUGAGUGGUGCAGGUGGGAAGGCCAUCCUAAAUGAGCUCAAGAUGCUUACUCAGUUGCGCAAGCUCAGGUUGUCGGGCAUAAACAGCGGGAACAUGAAGGAGUUGUGUUCUGUCAUAUCAGGUCACCGCCAUCUGGAGUCCUUGUCACUCCGAAUUGACAAGGGUAAGGAUGGCAGAUUCCUUUGUUUGGAUGACCUCUCCCAGCCACCCAAGACACUAAGGAGCCUCAAGCUGUACGGACAUGUACAUGGAUUGCCCGUGUGGAUGAAGCAGUUGGACAAUCUCAGAAAGUUGGAUCUUGAGAUGACCAUACUACCGCAAGAUGACUUAUCUGUCAUUGAUGAAUUGACUUAUAAAGAUAUCUUGCAUCGUCUUUGUCUCAAGCCUGCAAUUCAAGAUGGACUCCCUUUUAACAUUUGGCAUGAGUCUCCAACUCAUUAUGGCUGUACCUUCAACUUAUGGGUCCUCAAGCUUGAUUGCAGCUCCAGUAUACAUAUCAUUUUUGAUAGGUGGAUAACAUGUUCUGUUGAGCUUCUGAUAGUUCACUGCUCUCGUGGGUCAUGUGUGCGCAUCUCUGGGCUUGAUUAUCUGCCUCGACUCAAGGAAGUGUGGCUAAAGGGUUGGUAUGACGAUGUAACCAAGCAAGACUUGCAGCGCCAAAUCGAUGGGCGGGACCCGGAAUGUACGAAAGCCGUGUUGAUACUGGAGAAACCGCCUUCCUCCUUAUGA